AUGGCAUGGGGCCUGGAGUGCAGAGACCCGCUUGGGCCUGAAAGCUUGUUUCAGUCCUGCAUUAAGGAUGUGGAUAACCACAUUCCAGGCCCGGGUUGGGGGGCUGCCGGUCCUGCGGUACAGCAACGUGCGGCCGCCAGGGGGCGCCAGAGGCCUCGGCUCGUGCGCUCGGGCUCCUCCGCCAACGGGCGCCGCGCCCGAGCGAGCGGAGAGCAGCAGAGCCAGAGCGCUGCGGGCUCACAAAGCGCCAGACUGUGUGGCGGCGGCAGGAGCGCAGGAGCGAGGCCAGAGCUUCCCCCGCGACCGCGCCACCGGAGCUCCGGCGACUCCGACGCGGGGACCCGGGCCAGCCCCCAAGAUGCCAGCGAUCGCGGUGCUCGCGGCGGCCGCCGCGUGUGCUUCCUCCAGGUCCAGAGCCGGCGCCUGGAAGCGCUCGCGGGGCGCGCGGGCCCCAACGGCAAUUUCCUGAACAACGACCAGUGGCUGAGCACCGUCUCCCAGUACGACCGCGACAAGUACUGGAACCGCUUUCGAGACACUAUGAGCCUGAAGAAGGUAGAGACCGCAUCUUACAAUAGGUUAUUGACUUUUAGGAGGAAGAUCUUUGUGGACCCUAAAAUAUCUAAUACUCCUAUCCCACCCCUGCAAAAUACCACUGCAGAGAAAAGGAGAGAAAAAUGAAGUUGAGUCAAGGUGUGUAUUCUGAGUAGU